CCAAAAUCCAGGACAGCCCAGCCUCUUUCUAAACCUCUCUCACUGUGCAGCGUAACCUGGGAGGCUCCACCACUGAAUCUUCACUCUUACAAUGAAGCUUGACUUGAAUCUACUUUUUUUCAUUAUCAGUACUAUCGAGGUCACUCUCCUUCUGGAAUAUUGUCCAACUCAUUGCCAGUGUGACUGGGACAUCUACAGUGUGUCAUGUUUUGGAGCUGAGGUCAUGCCCGUUUUCCAUUCCAACACACAUGAGGUGUGGCUUGUGGGGAGCAAACUUUCUUCCAUCCCUCAGAAUGCAUUCGCCAGUUUGGCCAACAUUUCUCACAUAUACAUCUCUGAUGAUGAUACUAUAAGAUAUCUUGAGAGGCAUUCUUUCCACAACCUGCCCAGACUCACCCACAUACAACUAACUGGUAUUAAAACACUGUCAUACAUUGACCAAGAGGCAUUUAAAGAUCUACCUAAUUUAAAGUACCUUGGGAUCACCAACACAGGUCUCACCUCCUUUCCUGGGCUACAAUAUAUUAAGUCCAGCCAAGAUGAUUUUCUUUUGGAGAUAGUGGAGAACGUCUUCAUACAAGUUAUACCUGCUAAUUCUUUCACUGGAAUAUCUGAGAAUGCUCUUACCAUAAUGCUGAAUAGCAAUGGUGUGAAAGAGAUCCAGCGCUAUGCCUUCAAUGGGAGCACACUGGAGGAAGUGUAUCUUCACAGGAAUGUGAAUUUGGAACGAAUAGAUGAAUUCGCAUUUUAUGGCGUGAUUCACGGCCCAACGCACUUAGACCUUUCAGAAACCAAAGUUAGCUCUUUGCCUUCAGUGGGUAUGGAGACCAUUGAAAAGCUCCAAGCUAAAAACACUUGGGCCCUCAAAGUACUGCCCCCCUUGAGAGCCUUUCGCCAUUUACAGAGUGCUGAAUUGACCUUCCCAAGCCAUUGUUGUGGUCUCAAAAUGUUGAAAAGGUGGACAGGACACUCCGAGGCAGUUAUUUGCAACCUGACCCGGACUGCUUUGGGAAAGCUGCAGGAAUCCUCUGCUGUUCUCUCUCAGGGACACAAAAUCUACCAACAUCUGAAAGACAGCUUUGGUCUCCAAUCUGCUGUCAGCAGAAAUCACAAUCAUUACUACAACAGCCCCAUUUGCCCAACCGAACAGUCUCAAAAUGAGGGUUUGUUUCAUGUGGAAUUACCUACAGAGAAUCUCAAUGAAGGUUUUGACUUUGCACUGUGUGAUGAACCUCACACAGAUAAUCAUGGACUCUUGUGCACCCCCCUGCCUGAUGCCCUGAACCCCUGUGAGGAUGUGAUGAGUCAUGGCUUCCUGAGGGUGUUGGUCUGGGUGGUCAGUCUGUUAGCCAUUUCAGCCAACUUCUUGGUGAUGUUCAUCCUGCUGACUAGCAGACAGAAGUUGUCCGUUACCCGUUUCCUCAUGGGUCACCUGGCGUUUGCAGACUUUUGUAUGGGAAUAUACUUACUGCUCAUUGCAUCUGUCGACCUCUACACACGCUCAUAUUAUUACCACUAUGCUAUUGCCUGGCAAACAGGAGGUGGCUGCAGUCUAGCAGGGACAUUAUCAGUGUUUGCCAGCGAGCUGUCUGUGUACACAUUGACUUUAAUCAGCCUUCAGCGCUGGCAUGCCAUUUUCUACGCAAUGAGGCCAGACAGAAAAAUGAGGUUACGCCAUGCUGCUGUGCUGAUGCUCGCCGGCUGGUUGCUGUGUCUGAUCCUAGCACUGCUGCCGGUGGUUGGUGUGAGCAGUUACCAGAAAGUGAGCAUCUGCUUACCCAUGGAAACUGAGACAAGUGUUGCCCGGGCCUAUGUGGUCUCUGUCCUGAUGGUUAAUGUCAUUGCUUUUAUGGUGGUAUGUUUAUGUUACAUCCACAUCUACUGUAUGGUGCACAAUCCCCAGCACCAGUCCAGCAGAUGUGAUACCAGCAUGGCCAAACGCAUGGCUGUUCUAAUUUUCACUAACUUUCUGUGUCUGGCUCCCAUUUCCUUCUAUGGCUUGUCUGCAGUUCUCCACCAACCCUUGAUGACUGUCACAGAUUCCAAGGUGCUGCUGGUGCUUUUCUACCCUCUCAACUCUUGUGCGCACCCAUUUUUUUAUGCUAUCCUGACAAAGGCAUUUCACCGAGAUAUCCUGAUGUUUCUGAGCCGGAUAGGGCUGUGCCAGCGGCAAGCACACCUCUAUCGAAGCCAACUUGUUAGUAUGACUCCCUACGUAUACAGAGAGACAAUGUCUGCCCCACAGUCCAGCCAUCACAUCCCAAAAUGUUCAAGUAGAAGAAUUACCGGACAACAUGAUACACCAAAAUUGCUUUUUAAAUGUGAAUAAUAAUUUUUCAAGCAUUACUUGUACUUAUAUAUACAUUUCCUUGUAAAUACCAAUUCACACAAUCUAACCAUUUCACAGUAUAUCGUGGCCUUCUAGAAUUUGUGAUCCAUUCAUUUUUUUGUAUCUGUAUUCCUGGAUACCUCCAGUUGUUUGCUGUUCCAAAAUAAUUAUCCAGAUAUUAAUCUGCAAGUAAUGACAGCAAAGAUUUGGCUUCAGCUGUUGGGGAAAGAUUAGUGGGAAUGUGUCUAAAACUGCAUAGGAAAUGUAAAGAUGAGGAGAAUUCGGAGA